AUGUUAAAUGAAAUAAAAAAUGCUGUUCAGAAUGAAAAUUUAAAUAGCAUGAAUUGUUAUAAUAAUGUAAACCAAGGAAUUUAUUUUGAUGAAUAUGUACCUCCAUCGAGAUUGACCUCGGAGGUGCUGACUGAAAAUAUUAGAACAGAAAUUUCUUCAAAAAUACGGAAAGAUUUAGUUGCAAGGUAUAAAGACGUUUGUAUAUUUGAUGAAGAUGAAUGCAAAACAAAAGAAAAAAUAAUAGGAAAUGUCCAAGGUGUUGCUCAGGGGGUGGAACUGGAUGCACAAGUUGAGGAGGGUGAUAUAGACGUGAAAGAGGCACAUGGGGUAUUAGAAGUACAAGUGGAAAUGGAAGCUCAGGAAGACGCUACAGAUAAACAGGAGGAGGUUAAGGAAGCACAAAUGAAAGAGAAAGAGGAAAUAAGAGAAUUACAAGAAGUGAAAGAACUAGAAGAAGUGAAAGGGAAAGAAGAGGUGGAAGAAUUAGAAGAAGUGAAAGGGCAAGAAGAGGUGGAAGAAUUAGAAGAAGUGAAAGGGCAAGAAGAGGUGGAAGAAUUAGAAGAAGUGAAAGGGCAAGAAGAGGUGGAAGAAUUAGAAGAAGUGAAAGGGCAAGAAGAGGUGGAAGAAUUAGAAGAAGUGAAAGGGCAAGAAGAGGUAGAAGAAUUACAAGUGAAAGAACAAGAAAUGAAAAAGCAAGAAGUUAAAGAAUUAGAAGAAGUGAAAGAGCAAGAAGAGGUAGAAGAAUUACAAGUGAAAGAACAAGAAAUGAAAAAGCAAGAAGUUAAAGAAUUACAAGAAGUAAAAGAAACACAAGAAGAGGUAAAAGAUGCACAAGAAGUGAAAGAGAAAGAAGAGGUAAAAGAUGCACAAGAUGUGAAAGAGAAAGAAGAAGUGAAGGAAGUGCAGGAGGAACUGAAAGAAGCACAAGAAAAAGCAAAAGAAACUGCAGAAGCAAAAGAAGUACAAGAGGAAUCGAAAGAAGCACAGGGAGAAGCGAAAUCACAAGAGGAAUCGAAAGCACAAGAGAUGGCAGUAACAGAGGCGCAAACGGAUAUAGGGGUAAAAGCACGACAGGAACAAAAGGAAUCGUAUGAUUAUAGUGCGUUAUUGCUAGAGGAUCUGAGUGACGAUGUGCUAAUGUUAAUUAAAAAAAAAUAUGAAGAAAGAAAGAGAUUGCAGUCAACAAUAAAAACAGAUAAAUUUUUUAGUUGUGGAAGAAUUUAUCCACUCAGUUAUGUUAAAAAAGAGGGGGAACCGGAGAAGUUAGAGAAGUCAGAGAAGCAGGAGGAGCCGGAUAAGGUAGACAUACUGGACGAUAAAAUCGAAGGUGCAUUAGCACCUCCGGAAGUAAGUAAAGAAACCAGUAGAGUUUCUGCGGAGGGACCGCUUAUACCAGACGACAGUUUUACGUACCGAUUAUCUGCAAAAGAAGAUUUCGAUGCAAUAGUAAGGAGCUCCAUAAGUACAUACAGUUGUGCCUUAUCAAAGAAGAUACUAAUUCAAGGAAAGAUAUGUAUAACUCAUGAUAGUGUAUAUUUCAUUUCUCUAUUUAAUGCUUUUUUUUCAAAAAAUUCGGUAGUAAGAAUAAAUUACGAUGCUAUACAAUUAGUAGAGAAAAUAUCUUCUUUUCAUUUUAUUCCAAAUGCUCUUAAAGUUGUAACAAAAAAUAAAUCAUUCUUAUUCACUUCAUUUGUGCAUAGAGACCAUGCUUAUAACGUGAUAAAUGAUAUGAUUCGGAACUACAAUAAUGUAGGUGAAAUUCCUAAAAAGGGUAUAGUGAUUGAUAGCAAUGAAGAAUUAGUUGAUGAUGAUGAUGAAGAGAUAAAGGAAGAAGUACAGGAAGAAGUAGAGGAAAAGCAUGACCAUGAACAGGAAAAAAGCGUAAAAGCAAGGGAAGGCACUCCAAAUAUAGAGGAAGGUCUACGAAGGACUAACUACAUUUUUGGGGGCAACUUAAAAGAAGCAGAUGAACAACCAGGUGAUGAUGUGACAAAUGUAAUAACUGACAAAUUGGAUAGGGGUGUUAAGAUAGAAUCUAGAAAGAAUGCUCUACCAAUGAAAAUUAGUUCUAAAGAAGAAGAUAUUUUAAAGGAAAAGAAAUAUAUACAAUGUAAUAAUCAUAUAGAUAGUCUUUAUAUACAUGAAUAUUAUUUUAAGCAAUUAUUUUUAGACAUUUUUUCUAAAUUUGAUAAUGAUAAUCCUUUAGUUAGAAACGUAUUGGAAAAAAAUCCAAAAAAUUUAAAUUAUGAUAAUUUACGAAAUUUAGAUAAAAUAUAUGAACAAAAUAAAUUUUUCACUUGUGAAUUUUUAUAUAAUGUUUCUUUAUUUGAUGAUGAUAAAAAAAAAAAAGUAUUUGGAAUGCCAUCCAGAUCGAAUGUGAAAGAAAAAUUAAGUUUUUUCUUUUUUGAAAAUAACAUAAUUAUUCAAAAAGUUUUAGUUCUGUUAUGUAAUGUUCCACUUGCUGGAUGCUUCCACACAGUUGUUACUGUACAUAUGCAUAACGUUGUAGGUGAUAAAGGGAACCAGGUUAGGCAUAACAAUGAGCACCAUAAUAAUACACAUAUUGAUUUUUUUUAUGAUAUUUCUUUUGUUAAACAUACCUUUUUUAAGGGUCAAAUAAAAAGUAAUGCAAUGCCAGAGUUAGAAAAAUCUCUAAUAAACUUAAAGAGAUACACUACUGAAGCUAUUAAAAAGAGAUAUAAAAAAUGUAAUAUCCAUAAAAAGGAGGAUGGGUAUAAUUAUUAUUAUGAUAAUGACGUUGUACACAAAACUGAACGUUAUAAUGCUAUGCAGACAAAUGAAGACAGCAGAAGACCCAUAAGGGACGAAGAAAACAUCAUAUCUAUGGUUGAAAAUCCUAGAUUCGAAAUUGACGAAAUUUCGAUCUAUCCAAAGGACUUUAUAAAUGAGAUGAGCACUGUUAGUACUCUAUUUUCGAAAUGUAGCACUGCAAGGGAUAGUGUGAUAAGUUACUUUAACAAACAUGUGGACUUCUCCCCCCAGAAUUUGACGAAUAAUAUAGGUAAUGGAAAAAAAAGAAAAAAAAGAAAAAAAAGAAAAAAAAGAAAUACCACGCACGGGUGA